UUAUUUUCCUAUUAAUUUGAUUAGGUAAAAAUUAUUUAUAGUUACACUUCCCUUAUUAAUAACUACACACUAGAGUAUUACAUUAAUUUGUUAUCAAAGAAUAAGUACUUGAAGAAAAUUAUAACGCAAAGAAAUGUUUUUUUAUGUAGAAAGAAUUCUUUGAUUCCAGCUUUUGAAGUUUUUACAUGGUUUGUUUUAUUAUAAAACGAGAUAUAAGAAAGAGUCAUGUCAAGCAAAAAGUUGGAAAAAGGAAAAACAUAUAUGAAUGUUUGUGUUGUUGGUUUAUCUGGAUAUGAUACACCAACCAAUUGUUUAUAUGGUGUUGGGAAAUCAUGUUUUUGCAAUCGUUUUAUUAAGUCAAAUGAAGAUGAAUAUUAUAGAGACCAUUUUUCUAUAUUUAGUACUUCCGAUUUUGUUGGAUCUGUGUUAAAUAAUGACCACUUUUUAUAUUGGGGUACUGUAGAUAAAAAAUUUGAUGAUAAUAUAAUUUCUUUUCGUUUAAUUGAGCAGACUGAAUUUAUAGAUGAUGCAAGUUAUUUGCCCUUAUCAAAAGGUGGUCAAAUAUUUCCUUACGUGAAGCGUGCUACAGUCACUAAACUUCAAUCACCAGGAAAAAUAAUGUACAUAAACAGAGAUCAAGUAGCAUUACAAUCUGAAUUUCCUGAAAUACAAAUGGACCCUUUAACUAAUGGUAAAAUACAGGUUGAUGGUUUCAUUUGCAUAUACGAUGUAAGUAGAAACCUUGCUAAAAAACCAAAUCAUUCAGAAAUUCAAGAGGAUGUUUUGUCAUCACUUCUAAUAAAUAUUUCAAAAGCAAAACGACCUGUUGUUGUUGUGGCUACAAAAUGUGACGAUACUACCGAACAACUACUAUAUAGGGCACAUCAGUUUGUUCACUCAAAAAAAGUUGUUACCCCUUUGGUUGAGAGUUCUGCAGAAAAUUUUGUAAAUAUAGAUCUUGGACUACAUAUAUUAUAUCAACUUGCUGAUACAAAAAUUCGUGGCUAUAGAACUAAGCUAAUAUCUUACCAAGAUGGUCUUAAUCAAAGGAACGAACUAAUUAGUAAGUUAAAAGAAGAGUAUUUAGGUAUUAUUAAAUUUUCUUCAUCAACUUCUAAACUUUUAAUGAGCUGGAAAGAAUUUGAAAAAUUAAACAAAGAAAAUCAAGUUUUUAAAAAUUUUGUGAAUUUAUGUGGAACUCAAAGUGCUUGUAAAAUAUUUGUUGAGCAAGCUAAAAGAGUAAAGCAGCAUUAUGAAGAUAAAAAGUUGAAUGAAUAUCUUAACAAGCUCCCUGAAGCACUUGAUGAGCUUCUUCCAACUAUUCAGUCAAUAGAAGCUAAUGAAUGGAAAUGGGAAAUAUGUCAACAGGCUAUAAAAAAUCAUAUAUUUUUUGAUAAGUGGUUUUUGAUUCUUCCGGAUAAAGAAGUUUGGAAUUCUUCUGAGCGUCUUUUUUCAACAGGUGAUGGUCGUAUUCCAUUUGAUGUUUUACAAUCAGAAAGAUCAAGAGCAUGUUUUGAUAGACAUAUUAAAAAAUUAAGGGAGUCUGCUCAUAAAAUGCUUUUAAAAAACAAAUUUAGAAAGUUAUUAGAAUCAAAGGAAAGCAUCCGACCUGGUACAAGUUGGGCUGAUGCAUCAUUGUUAAUUGAUAAUGAAGAUAGUUACAAGUCUUUAGAUGAAACUGAGCGUAAAAUUUUGUUUGAAACCUACCUACGCGACAUUACCUUAGCUGCAAAACUUGAUUUUCAAGAGCUGUUAUUUGAAUCAGCAACUAAGUUUGUAAAAUUAAGUAAAGACUUGCGUCCCUCUGAAGUUGAAAUGCAAAAUCUUUAUAGCUAUUUGAAAGAUGAUUAUCGAUACAAAAACUUGGAAAAUUUAGGUAAUGGAAGGGACAUACUUUUGUUUAAUCAUAUUGCAUUAAUGCAAAGUCCAAAUCGAUGCUUAAGUGGUCCAGAAAAGUGUAUGGAUCGGCUGAUGCAGCAAGUUGUAGAGAUGACAACCAGAAGGACUCCUUAUAAUCCAUAUGAAAAUGAAAGAGACUCUGAAGAUGAGCAAAUUAAUAUUCUUAUUCUUGGAAAAGGCCAACUUGGAGAAGAACUGAAAUGCAAAAUAAAGUCAGAAAGUUCAUCCUAUGAUUGUAUUGAGUAUAUAGUUGAUGGUGAAAUCUAUGGUCUUAAUAUUAAAGUUCAUGACUCAAACCAAAGCACUGAGGAGCUCUGUUCUUAUGUUUCAGAUCAUAAGCCACAAGGUUACUUAGCUAUAUUUUCUACAGAGGACUCUUUAACAUAUAUUAAAAGUUGCCUCGAGAUGAUUCAAAAGCACGAUAAGACCAAUAACAUGUCACUUAUUAUUAUGUUAGCAAAUGAAGGUGGUUUGAGUGAUGCUGAAAUAUCAAAUUUACGCAGUUCGGGUCAGGAUUUAGCCAUUCGUAUGGACUGUGUUUUUCUUGAUUACCCAUACACUGUAUCAUUAAUGGAUGAUAAGAUACACGACUCACAAGUUCAAGAUGCUCUUAGAAGAAUAAUUGAUGUCAUCAAUAAACGAGUUCAGUCACCUCAUACUCCAAUUGAGUCUGUUAAUGUCAAUGCAGAUAUCCGUGUCUUGCUAUGCGCAAUGUGUGGAGAUGAGUAUCCGGUUGAACUUAUUCUUGGACCAAUGAUGCAACAUCAUGUUAGUUAUUCAAAUCCAGAGAUGCAAGAUACAGUUAUGUUAGAAGCUAUGCUUGGGGGUGCAAAAAGGACAAUAUCAGUGACACUUUCAUCGUAUCAUAGAGCACAUAGUAUGAAACGAAUAUCAUAUCAUGGUUUUAUUUUGAUUUACUCAGCUACAAGAAAAGCUUCGCUAGAGACUUUAAGAGCAUUCGCUUCGACCUUACCUGAAGUACCAAUACAAGCACUUGCUGUUACAGGAAGCUUCUCUUUGGCUAGUGUUAUAUUUCAUGAGGAGACAUCAGCUUUACUUCUAAAUAAUUGUCCACAGUUUUCAACCAAACAAAAUGAUCAGUUUUCUUUUCAUAAACAAGCAGGUGCAUUCAUGAAUUUCUUUAAUCACACAUAUGCAAAGCGGCAUGAUACUGAGUUGGCUUUACAAGGCAUCAAGCGUAGACCAAAUGAUCCAUUGCCAGAGGUGCCUAGUUUGAAUAAAAUUUCAGAUCAUAUUUAUGAUGGAAUAUAUAUUUCAAUAGAUCCAAAAGCUGUUACUCCAAAUAAUACGCCAUAUGAAAAAGAAACUAAGUACCAUGAUGGCAGUGAUUCAGAUGUAUCAUUGGCAAAGAAGUCAAAUCAUGAAAUUUCAACAUAUUCUGAUGAUAGCAUUGAUGAUGAGUGUCACAUUCCAAUUGAGCAUGAUGAAACCGGCAUGUAUGCUCGAGUUAUAAAAAAAAAGCCUAUAUUAGAUCAAUAUGAUGAUGAUUCAUCUGAUGACGAAGAAGAAUAUGAUGAUGAUGAAGUGAAGUGGACUGAUAAUCAAGCAUUUGAACCAAAUAAAAAAUAUGAGGCUCCCUAUGCAUCUGUUCCUUUUCUUCCAAAAGAGUAUAAGUCUUCCCUUACAGAUAUAUCUAAAAAAUGUAAAACAUUUGAUAGUUUUAAAAGCUAUAAUGAUUCAGACUACGCUUCAAUUGAUCAAAUCAAAUCUCAAAUUUACAACAAUGAUUUGGAUAAUAUAAGCAAUGUUUCAUCUAAAAGUAAAGAGUCUACUGGAUCAAUCGAUAAUUUAAAUUAUCCAUUAAUUAAAACAGCAUGGCAUGAUCCAACAAAUAAAUGGGAGACAAAAACAAAUGUUGCUGCACCUUUAGCAAAGCCAGAUAAUGAUGAGCCUGAAGAUAUCAAAUUGCGAAAUGCAUUAGAAAAACACCCAGAAUUAAUGUUCCACCCACAACAAAACACUGUUUCAAGUACAAAGCCAAGAUUUAAUUAUAAUAAAAAGAAUAUGUCUGAUGGUAAUCUUUUUGCAUCUACACAUGAUCAUAAGAAUAAAAGCAUUUUUAAAUCAUUUAUUAUAAAAGUUACUCCAAAUCCAUCACCAACAAACUCAGAUGAAGAAAAAAAACAUAACCACAGCACUCCAGCAAAACCUAUGAAAAAACCGAAAAACUUUAAACGUAAAAAGCAUAAUAAUGGACAUACUAAUUCUGAGCAUACUAAUCCAGUAAUAGUUGUCCAAGAUAAUGAUAAUAUUCGUGAUAGAUCGAAUACACUUCCACCUGACAGUCCUGUAACAAAGCACUCAAAAAUGACGCGAACACUAGAUCAUCAAAAAAACAAGAACAUAAAGCAAAAGUACAACUUUGUACAGGAAAAUACACACCUGAAUACAUCCACUGAUCUAGGAAAAACAGAGACACAAACAUUAAACCGCAAAAAAAGUAAAACUGCUGGUAAAUCAUCUAAAUCAACUAUUGAAGGGUUAGACCUUCACGAAAACCAUGAUGGUUCACACAAUAAGCUAAAAAAAAAAAGAAGUUCUAUACGCUUUUUGGGACCAUCAAAACCAAAAUCUAAAGUUCCUAAGCCUAUCAAUUUGGCUCUGGAUUGGGAGACCAAGCAGAAACAAAAGUCCAGCACUUACUUUGGAAAACCUUUAAAAGAUAUAAUCCCACAAGAUAGUUUGUGCCCAAUUUUUGUUACCAGUGUCCUCAAGUAUAUAGAAAGUACAGGUAUGCAAAGUGAAGGUUUGUACAGAAUCAGUGGUAACAAGCAUGAUAUUGAAGCAGUUCAAACAAAAUUUGAACAAAAUAUCAAUUUAAAUCUUCAGGAACUUGGUGUAUCAGUACAUGCUGUUACGGGAGCAUUAAAAAAUUUUUUUAAAUUGCUGCCAGAACCAUUGAUUCCAUAUGAAAUAUCAAGCAAGAUUCACGAAAUAAUGAUUAUUAUGGAUGCUGCUGUUAGAUUAGAAAAGUUGAGAGAAUUAGCAAUUAAAAUUCCACAGCCAAAUCAAGAAGUGUUUAAAAGAUUUAUGUGUCAUUUAAAGAGAGUAUCACUAUACACUAAGUUCAACAAAAUGGACGUACGUAAUUUACAGAUAAUCAUUUAUCCAACAUUACUUCGUCCUGUUUUUGAAUCACUACAAAAUAUGAGUCAAAAUAUGAAUAUGGGCUUGUUUAUACAAACUUGCAUUGAACAGUCAGACAAAAUUUUUGACGAUGACUUGCAUCAGAAGUUGAAUGUAAAUGAUAAUGGGACAAGUAAUGAUAAUGACAGUGAAGGAGAUUAUACAGAACCUUCGUUUUCCGAGUGUGUUUUAAGUGAGCCAUCAGUUGGAAAACUUAUGAAUCCAGUAGCAGAAGAGAAUGAUUAUAAGAUAAUUGAAGUUCCUACACGGAUUGAGAAGCUUAGUCUACAAUUAGAGCUAGUUCCACAAUACAAUGAAGAAAAAGACAAUAUUUUAAAUUAUUCUUUGCAUUCUAAACUAGUACCAUUAAGUAAAUCAAAUAGUGUUCCUAAUGACCAAAAUUCUAAAGAUACAAAAAACAUUAAUAGAAAAUCUAUUGAAACUGCAAUUGACUGAAACCGCAAUUUUCAAAAUUAUCAAAGUUCACAAAUAAAUGAAUGCAAUUAUUUCAUUUUGCCUUCAACAAUUAAUAAGUGGAUGUCAAUGUGAUAAAUACUAAAGACUCCACAUAGAAAUGCUAGUCGUAUAAUCAUGUCGUAAUCGUAGUCGUAUAAUCAUGGUUUAUGGUUAGCAGAACAAUAAAAAAUGACCAAGGUCAAUCAAUAUUCACGAACAUUUUUUAAACUUUGUGUGUAAAUUUCAUUGACAAGAAUUUCUAAUAAAAUUCAUUCCCUUAAAGACAAAAUAUGUGCAUUAUUUAACUUAUUGUAACGUUAUUCUUGUUUAUGUUAUGUUUGUUUCUAAUUGAAAUAGCUUGUCUGUUGUUGUUUUGUUUUGAUUUUUUGUUGUUGUUUUUUUUUGCGACAUUCUACUUUUUAAUUCUUUAAAAAGAAAUGAAUUUGCAAUCUCAAGAUAUUCUUCAUUUCUAUAUUUUUUUAUAUUUGUAUCCAACUGUAAAUUUUACUUAAUCAUACUUUUUUUAAUCUCUGUUAUAUUUUUUAAUCUCUGUUAUAUUUUUUAUAUUAUGUGUAUUUUGCUUUUGUAUAACAAAUGUUCUCCACAAUAAGUGUUAUAUAGUUGAAAUAAGUAAUAAAUUGAAAUAUAGUUAAAAUAUUCUGAAACUUUUUUAAUUUACUUUUUUUUUUCUUAGUUUUAUUUUUUAAAUGUUUUUACUUUUUUUGUUUAACAUUUUGUUACUAGAUGUUUUUUUGUUACUAUGGUUACUCGAUAUUUUUUGAUUGGUGUGAAUUGUUACUUAAAUUUUAAUAGUGAUAGUGUUUUUUCUUUUAU